UGGAGGUGAGACGAGAACGCUUUUUUGCUUUUCGUCUCUCUCUUCACUUCCUCUCACAUCUCUCUCUGUUUACACGAUUCUUCUUCUUCUUCUUCUAUGUCUUCUUCCUCCUCCAUUGUCAUUUACCUCUCUACACUCCAUUUUCUUGUCGGAAGAAGAUCGGUUAUCUGCGAAUCAUUGAGAGUGAUGACAGUAUAAUGUCUGAUGCUUAUUACCACCAUCAUCAUCAUCAUCGGAGACAUUCUUCUUCUUCACGUCUAUGGAUUUUAAUGCCGGAGUUCCCAUGUCCUCUCUCUCACCUUUGAUGAAUCAAGAUGCAAUGUGGCAAAUGAAUUUGAGUUCGGAUGAAACUAUGGAAACUGGUUCCUACCCUGAACGACCAGGAGAGCCUGACUGUUCUUAUUACAUCAGAACUGGACUUUGUAGAUUUGGCUCUACUUGUCGGUUCAAUCAUCCUCGUGAUCGGGAACUGGUUAUAGCCACUGCAAGAAUGAGAGGAGAGUAUCCUGAAAGGAUUGGUCAGCCUGAAUGCGAGUACUAUUUGAAGACAGGAACCUGCAAGUUUGGAGUAACAUGUAAGUUUCAUCAUCCUAGGAACAAAGCUGGGAUUGCUGGAAGAGUCUCUCUCAAUAUGUUGGGCUAUCCUCUACGCUCGAAUGAGGUCGAUUGUGCUUAUUUCCUAAGAACCGGACACUGUAAAUUUGGUGGCACUUGUAAAUUCAACCACCCUCAGCCUCAACCGACAAACAUGAUGGUUCCUACCUCAGGCCAACAGUCUUAUCCUUGGUCAAGAGCUUCCUUUAUUGCCAGCCCUCGAUGGCAAGAUCCGUCUAGCUACGCUUCCUUAAUCAUGCCUCAAGGAGUUGUGCCGGUUCAGGGAUGGAACCCUUACAGCGGUCAGCUCGGCUCAGUUUCACCUUCAGGUACCGGAAAUGAUCUUAACUACAGAAGCUUACAACAGAGCGAGACCAAAGAAUCAAGUACUCAGUCUCAAGGCUCAUUCUCCGGUUUCAACCCGGGAUCCUCUGUUCCUUUAGGAGGGUUCUAUGCAUUGCCAAGGGAAAAUGUAUUCCCGGAAAGACCUGGACAGCCCGAAUGCCAAUUCUACAUGAAGACAGGCGACUGCAAAUUUGGCACAGUUUGCAAAUUUCACCAUCCUAGAGACAGACAAGCUCCUCCUCCGGAUUGUCUCCUAAGUUCCAUUGGCCUCCCUUUACGCCCGGGAGAACCAUUGUGUGUGUUCUACACUCGCUAUGGAAUCUGCAAAUUUGGUCCAAGCUGUAAAUUUGAUCACCCAAUGCGAGUAUUCACAUACGACAACACAGCGUCAGAGUCAGAUGAGGUAGUGGAAACAUCAACUGGGCAUUCCAGAAGACUCUCUGUAUCUGAAACAAGACAAGGAGCUGCAGCAGCAACAACAACCUCAGGUAAAGACAGUACCAUUGAUACACAGCAGCAGUGAAGAAACAAAAGAAUGGAGAGCUUUUAAAAAGCUAUGAUUUUUCAAAAGAGGAAUCUGUAAAUUCUCAUUUUCAUUUAAUCUCAAACAUCUAUUAAUAAUGUAUAGAGGUGAUUUAUACAACUGAUGUUGAUCUUGAUCUUGAGCUGCUCGCCAUUGUUGUAAUAUUCUUUUGGCGAAUCAGGUGAGAGAAUAAAAUUGAAAGUAAUUUCCCUCAAUAUAUUUGACUUUCGGUUAUUAUAA